AUGUCGCUAAAGGCAAUCUCGGCCAAAGAUGCCGCCUCGCUUGAUAAAGACCUCAUGGACAUUGGUGGCUGGUCUCUGGACCAGCUGAUGGAGCUGGCGGGCCUCUCGGUAUCGCAAGCAGUGUGGAGGAUUCAUCCUCCUCGCGCAGGCAAGAAGAUUCUUGUUGUCUGCGGGCCCGGCAACAACGGCGGAGAUGGGCUAGUCGCUGCUCGUCACCUCGCGCAGUAUGGGUAUACGCCAUCGGUAUACUACCCCAAGGAAGGGAAGAAUGAACUCUACCAGCGCCUCAAAACUCAGCUCCACAACCUCUCCAUUCCCUUCAUAACCGACUUCCCCGCCGCCCUCCAAUCCACCGACUUCCUCGUCGACGCCAUCUUCGGCUUCUCCUUCGGCGGGCCGCUGCGCGACCCGUUCGGCCCGAUCGUCUCGCAGAUCGAGUCCACAGGAGUCCCCGUGCUGAGCGUGGACGCGCCCAGCUCGUGGGAUAUCCAGAGGGGGCCGCCCAAGGAGGGCCCCGGCUCCAAGUUCAUGCCGCAGGCGCUGAUUAGCUUGACGGCGCCGAAGCCGUGCGUGCAGUUCUACCGUGGUCGGCACUUUAUUGGUGGUCGGUUCUUGACUAAGUCUCUUACGGAUAAGUAUGGGCUGGAUUGUCCGGAGUAUCCUGGAAUCGAUCAGAUUCUGGAGAUUGGGGUUGAUGCCGAGGGGAGGCUUUGA